AUGGAGAAGCUGUCGAAGGCUCUGGGCGUCGGCUCGAGAGGCAGCGUGCGCUUUGAACUCGACCGCGCGAGCUACGAACCUGGCGACACUGUGUUUGGCACUGUCCACUUGUCGGUGUCCCGCGACUUCAAGACCAAUGGAGCACUGCUGCUCGAGGUCCAUGGCGAAGAGUACGUGCGCUACAACGAGAUGUACGGCGACCUGGUCGUGUCCCGCACGCACAGGAACCAGCUGCUGGCCGACCAAGUAAUGCUGUCAACCGACGACACGUGCAACUCGUCUCUUGUGUUUCCUGUCGGCGAGUACAGUUUCCCGUUCAGUUACCCGCUCGGCUCGACGCUCCCGGGCGCUUUCCACGUGGACGAGCGCCAUGCGCGGGACACCUUCGACAUUGACGCUGCAGUCAAGUACGAGCUCAAGCUGCGCGUGCCUGUGAAAGGGGCGCUCACACCUGACCUUCGGGCCAAGCAGCUUCUGGCCGUGACCGACACGCGGAUCGCGCAGCUCAUUCGGCCGCGCACGGAAGCGACGGCGCAGCCCGCAAAGCGCUGGGGCGUCCUUCGACAGGGCUUCUGCGAAGUCUCGGCGUCGCUCGACCAGGACGUCCACGUGGCUGGCGACACGCUGCACCUUCGAGUGUCUGUUGUUAACGGCGCGAAUAUGGACGUCAAGUCCGUGUCCGUGCAGCUCAUGGAGACGCUGCUCAUUCGUGAGAACAAGGGCUGCGACGCGAUCAGAGCCCACACGUGUCUCGUGAAGAAGACGUUUCUUGGGGUGAAAGCGGGAGCGACGGUGAUUGACCGCCCGCACUCGCUCGACCUCGUUGGAAAGUCGAAGCGCUAUGCCGUCUGUCCGCCUGUGGCCUCGAGCUUUGUCGAGACGAGUCACCACGUUGAAGUGCACUGCAACUUCUUUAUGAGCCCGAGCGUGCACGUUGAGAUCCCCGUGAAGAUUGUCGCGUCUCGGGCCGGCGAAGUGGCGACAGUAGCACAAGAGCCCGUGACGGCCUACGCGACGAAAGCGCUAUGA